AUGUCACUGGAACAGGUCAUUGAAAAAAUUAAAGCUCGCGUGGCCGCCGUCGACCCAAAUGGCCCUCGUAAAGUUCUAGGAGUAUUCCAACUAAAUGUCAAGACCGCUAGUGGCGUCGAAGAGUGGACUGUCGAUCUCAAACAGCUGAAGGUUGCGAAAGGACCCGCUAGUAACGUCGACGUUACGGUUGCCCUAGCCCUUGAGGAUUUGGCGGCUAUUAGCGGAAAAACGUUAACAGUUGGAGACGCUUUAACCCAAGGCAAGUUGCAGAUUACUGGAGACGCAGAGUUGGCCACCAAACUAGCCGAAGUUAUCUGA